CAUUUUCCUCAUCCCACUCAAAAACAAACAAAAGAACUAGCGUAAGGCAAAAAGGGUCACGCUCUCUGCAAUGGCGAUAAAAAGCACCUCCUUAGCCAUUUGCCUACUCUUUUCUUUGGCCACCAUAGCCACUGCGUACUACUCUCCCUCAUCUCCUCCGGUUCACCAGUCACCGGGUUACACCCACAAGCCUACACUCCCACCUCCAGUUUACACUCCACCAGUUUACAAGCCAACCCUUCCUCCUCCGGUCUACACUAAACCAACUCUUCCACCUCCCGUCUACAUUCCACCGGUUUACAAGCCAACUCUUCCUCCUCCCGUCUACAAAAAUUCUCCAAGCUAUUCUCCGCCUUCAUAUGUCCCAAAACCAACUUAUUCUCCACCCACCAAGCCAUACGUCCCAAAACCAACAUACACUCCACCCACCAAGCCAUAUGUUCCAAAGCCAACCUACACUCCUCCCACCAAACCAUAUGUUCCAAAACCAACCUACACUCCACCCACCAAGCCAUAUGUCCCAAAGCCAACCUACACCCCACCCACUAAGCCAUAUGUUCCAAAACCAACAUACACUCCUCCCACCAAGCCAUAUGUUCCAAAACCAAUCUACAGGCCUCCCACCAAGCCAUAUGUCCCAAAGUCAACCUACACCCCACCCACCAAGCCAUAUGUUCCAAAACCAACAUACACUCCUCCCACAAAGCCAUAUGUUCCAAAACCAAUCUACACGCCUCCCACCAAGCCAUAUGUCCCAAAGCCAACCUAUACUCCUCCCACCAAGCCAUAUGUUCCAAAACCAAUCUACAGGCCUCCCACCAAGCCAUAUGUCCCAAAGCCAACCUACACCCCACCCACCAAGCCAUAUGUUCCAAAACCAACAUACACUCCUCCCACCAAGCCAUAUGUUCCAAAACCAAUCUACACGCCUCCCACCAAGCCAUAUGUCCCAAAGCCAACCUACACCCCGCCUACCAAGCCAUAUGUUCCAAAACCAACAUACACUCCUCCCACGAAGCCAACCACUCCUAAAUACUGAUGAUGAUCAGAUUAAUAUGGUGAUGAUCUUGCAUACAAAAUAUAUGAGGUCACCUUGAUCAAUUUAUUGUAAUUUGAAAACUUCUCCCUUCAAAUUUUUCUUUUGUUAAACCCCAGUUCUCAAAAAAAUGUUCAUUUGUUUCUUUGUACCAAUUUCAUUUGAUUCGUUGCAUUACCGAUGCAAUCUUUCUUUUUGGUUAUGUUAUGUUUUGCAAUUGUAUUUAAUGGUGUUUGAUCUAUAAGACUGCUUAUAUAAAUAUAUAAAAAUUUAAUACUAUAAUAAAUUUUGUCCUCAUU